ACCCUGGGUGGGGAGGAGCGUCACGGGGGCGGGUCCAAGAGACUACGUGGCCCGCUAAGGCAAGUGCUGAGCGGGGACGGAAUCCAGCCCCAGAGGGGGGGGUGACCCGAUCUCCCGGCAGAGUAGGAAAGGCCAGCCUCGCCCUGAAUGAGCUCCCCCCCCCCACGAUGGGCGUGCAACCCCCCAACUUCUCCUGGGUGCUUCCGGGACGGCUGGCCGGGCUGGCGUUGCCGCGGCUGCCCGCGCACUACCAGUUCCUGCUGGACCAGGGAGUGCGGCACCUGGUGUCCCUGACGGAGCGCGGGCCCCCUCACAGUGACAGCUGUCCCGGCCUCACGUUGCACCGAAUGCGCAUCCCUGACUUUUGCCCGCCGUCCCCGGAACAGAUCGACCAAUUUGUGAAGAUCGUGGACGAGGCCAAUGCCCGGGGAGAGGCUGUUGGAGUGCACUGUGCCCUAGGCUUUGGCCGCACUGGCACCAUGCUGGCCUGCUACUUGGUGAAGGAGCGGGCUUUGGCCGCAGGAGAUGCCAUUGCUGAGAUCCGGCGCCUGCGACCAGGAUCCAUUGAGACGUAUGAACAGGAGAAGGCCGUCUUCCAGUUCUACCAGCGAACAAAAUGAGGACUUCAACAGCCCUCCUUUCCCCCUCCCACUCCCUGCGGCCAGAGAGGAAGGGGAGUGAACUAAAGUACUGCAUCCUUCAGGUCCCUCUGGCUCCUAUUGGGCAAAAGUAGUCCUUCCCCAAAGCCAUAACCUGGCCGAAACAAAAAUGAGGUAAUAACUGAUAAGAACUCAUCACCGCUGCAUAGCAUGUACACAGCACUCCCAAUACAUCUGGGUUGUUGAAAAGAC